AAAACAAAUUAAUUCCUGUCCUGUCCUUCCUCCUCGCUAAUUAUUUCAUCUUGUAAGUGUGCUGCCCUAGAAAAAAAUGUCAGAAAGUGCUUCCUGUUUGGUUUCCCAAGUGUUGACAGACCUCGGUGCUUUGUAUCAUGAAUUCCAGGCACACAGAAAAGCUCGUAAUAGUUAUCAUGAUUAAUGGGUGAAGUUAAUUAUUCAGAGAUGUUACUUCGCCAUCCCUGUGAGUCACUAAUGUACUAUCCUCAUUUUAUACAUGGGAGACUGAAACAAGAUUAGCUUUGCUGGAGGAGGACCUGGGCACACCAAGAACUAGGUGCUCCACUACCUCGUUUCAGCCGCUUCCUGAAAUCCAUAUUUUGGGAGUAGGUUUGUCAGUUUUCUCUCAGAUGCACCUGGUCCUGGUGAGGUGUGUAAGUGCUUUACCCAAAAGGGAGUUGAGUGGGGGUUUCUGCCUUCACGAGGGUGUCUUCCAACCAAGAUUGGUCUUGCUGCUGCCGUGGCUGGUGUAAACAGAGUAGGCUCCACAGCCUAUUUUUGUGAGUAAAUGCAUGAGUGCGGGCUGCAGACUCCCAUCCACACAGGGAUUUUGAUGUCGGGACACAAAGAGCAGAGCGCAGACCUUAGGAGGUAAGGACCACGCUGCUCUGGGCCACUUGAGGCUUGCACAGGAGCAAAAGUGCAUCUCAGUGGCCUACCUGGAACACAGCUUUGGAGCAUGACAGAUGCUUCAUGAGCUCACACCCUCUCAUGGCUUGAACUCUAAAUGACUUCUUUUGGGUGAUAUUUCUAUGUCUAAGCUGGGAUAUGAACUGAAGUCUCCUAAGAUCCAGUCCAGUGAGCUCUUUGCUAGGUUGUCUUCCCUGUGAUAAAAUUCAAAGUCUCGUUAUAGAGAAAAAAAAAAAAAAAAAAAACACUUUUUUUCUUCUUUUCAUAAAUACUUCUGGUCUUAGUUUUCUCACACGAUGGCUGGAGAGAGGCUUUGUGCAGAGUGGGAUGUUUCAAUGCCAAACCCUGUUCUUCUGUAUGGCAAGAUAAGGGAGGAGCCCAGCCCUCAGCAGCUGCUCAGCUCAGAGCACAGUGAAAACCAAGAGCCUCAUGCCUCACAAACGUGAAGCCCAUCUCACUUCACUUUUGCUGUUGUUACUCAAAGGUAUAUUAGAUGCAGAAAAGAAACUCUAUUAUUAACUUGUCCGUGUCUCUUUAAACAGUGGGAGAGACAGCUCUAGAGGAUUUGCCUGAGACGAAAGGCGUGGGUCUAAAACAAGCCCGUGAGGGGAGGCCACAGAUGCAUCUUUAACUGGCCAGUUAGUGCGAGGCAUCCAACAUGCGUCAGUGGGCAUGGGCAGGUUCCCCAUAAAGUAGUCGUAAGGUCUGUGAAUACCUGGUGUUACCUGUAAUUACAUCCCAGACAAAAGGGAUAGCCUGAGAAACGCACCUGCCAGGAGAUAUUAGGAAACCGGAGCUGAAACGCACAAAAAGAGGCGGUAAUUAGCAUGGAUGUCGUUCCAGGUGCUUUUAGGUGCUUUUUUUUUUCUCACCAUCCCACCAAACAUGACGAUACAGCCCUCAGCCUGGCAGAGAACGAUAUGCAGUACGUAAUGCUGUUCAAAAUGAUACUGCGUUUUGAUUACACCUCGAUUAAAUGAGGAAAAAAUAAAAUCGGUAGCUCACGUGGUCUCUCCUGUUGGUUGGAGGCAGAUUUUAUCUGGUGCUUGACAUCAUUUUCCAAAUUAAAUCUAGCACAAACAUGAAAAAUCCUGGUGGCAGGUGCGGCUCGCUCUCAUUAAAUGGUUCACCUGGAUCUGCUGCUCUGGGUUUACACGGAGCAGACCAGAAAUCUUGGUGUCUGAGGGACCUGCAGGUCCCUUCGCAUGGCGGUGCCCUGGACAAGCUGGCUCAGAGCCCUGCCCCGUUCAGCUACGUGAGCAUGACCUUGUUUCCACAAAGGCUGCCUGCUCUCUGCAUUCAGUCGAAGAGAUGGCAAUCGGCAAAUUUUGUGUAGAUAGGGAAGUGUUUAGCACCAAAAAAAAAAUCUCAUUCAUAAUGCUGCUGAGAAAAUGCCCCCUUAUUUGGCCUCGUGCUGGAAUUGUGUGACUACAAGGAGUCUGCCACAGGGAUCUGACAGCAUACAGCAGCACAGAUAAAAAUAAUUGUAUUUUAAAAAUAGCAGCCACAAUUGAAGAAGUAAAUAAACAACAACACAACGCAGAGCGAGCAUUAAGAAUUCAUGUGACAGUACUGGGAAUUGCACAGAAAAUCUUUCUGUGGGCACUAAAUGAGAGAGAACAUACAUAACAAAGAGAAUCGGUAUUUAAACUGAAAACUCUCUUAAGGACCAUUAAUGAAUGACAGACCCAUUAGGAAAGAAAUCUUACCUACGAUCAGAGGCUACUUUCAAACAAAAAAAGUCCAAAAUCAUCAACUUGAUUGCAGGUUCAGUGACAGAGGAAGACUGGUUUAUUACCACUAAUAUGAUACCAUCUUUAUAAAAGGUUCCUGGGUGUCAACACCCAAAUAUUUCCAUCUAUUAGAGAGGAUACAUCUCUUUCCAAUACAGAUCACCUUGUUCUAUAGGAGGCAAAUGAAUGUAUCUACUGAUUUUGUAGCCAUCAAGCUGUGCACUCUGGCCUCUUCCCAGUUUGUUUCUUCUGUCUUUCCUCUCUUCCAGCAUUUCUUUGGUCACUGUUUGCUUUGGAAAUCUUUGCAGCCACAUUGUACAUGUGAUGGCUCUAUUUUCUACCUGUUAUUUCCAAAGAUACCACAUAGAUUAGUACCUUAUGUCAAAUGUUACCUUGAAUUAUUUAAAAUCUUACACUGUAGUAAAAGAAUUAAGAUUUCUUCUAGUCUAAGGCACCGUAACACAACAUCAGGUUUGCAGAUGAAUAAUGAAUGCCUAGCCAUUUUGUGGUCUUUGGAAAGCUUUCUAUUAUUUCAAUGUUUUCGCCCAAAUAAAUGAGUGAUUUCAGGCACCUGAACUAACAACCCAACCCUCGUGUAACAACAGGGCCAGAUUCUCCCGUGGAGCUUCCCUCCUUCUUACUAAUGCGAGGUCUAAGUCCUUGAUAGCUGUAUUCAGGGAUUUUAAGGUGGCAAGGCCCACUUGAUCAUCACCCGUUCUUUAACAACUAAUAACCCUCACUUGUUUUGAACUUAGAAAUGUGUAUCUGUCCGGAAUAGGGCUUCGUACUCAGCAGGUCUAAAGCACAAAGGAGAGAGGGAAAAAAAAAAAAAAAAAAAAGAGAGAGAGAGAAAUACAUUGAUUUUUCAUUUAUUAAAUAACAAAAAGAAAGCUAUUUGAAGGAACUCUUACGUUUCUAGCCUACACCCAUGCUAGGCAGAGUCUGGUGAAGAGAAAAACGUGGGGAGGGAGACAGGCUUAGAGGCCACUGGCCUCCCAGACAAUCUUUCAGUCCCCUAAUUUGUUUUAGUAACUUACACGUACAAAAAGUGUCUCAGCCACAUGGUGCAAAUCUGUCCCAAACCCUCUGCAAGCCCCCACUGACUUCAACUGCUGAGAUAUCAGUACCCUUCCUCCUUGCCUCAGCAGCAGCAUCCCUUUUUGGAAAUCAUGUGAAAGUUUGAUAUUCAAUUAAAAUCUUGCCAAUCUAAACUCCUUGGGGAGACAAGACAAAAACCCUUCCAGAACUGUGCCCAGACUGAUCUGGGAUGUAAAGGAAGGAGAGCACCAGGCAGGGAUCUGAAUUUUGCCUGGCCUCUGCCACUGAUUCACUGCAAUGCUUUCUGUAAGUCAUUUAUGGAGCAUCAGUGUAGUCAUUGAUGGAGGAAAAACAGUAUUUAUUUCCUUUCACAGAAUUGUCCUGAGUCUUACUAACCACUGCUUGUGCAAAUCUUUGGAUGAAAGAAAACAUAAGAGUUCAAAGCUCUUAUUAUAUAUUACCUGUUACACUUUAUAACAAAUGUCAUCACACCUAAACAGGAAUUAACAUUCCAAAACCCAGAGGGUGGGUACCUUUUCAUACCCAUAUAUAUAAAAGUCAUCAAGUGACCUGCCUCAGAGGAAGGCUGAUUGAAGACAGGUGUCCUGGGGCAGCGGAGGAGAGCCAUCACCAUGGUCCCCACGCUGCUCUUGCUGGGCCUUUCGGCCCUGAUCGCUCCGUCUGCGAGUUACAGUUGCUAUGGCGAUAUAAAUGCUCUUCAAGCCCCCACGAUUUCCUGCACAGCCGUGAGAGCCCCGGACUGCGCUGCAGGCAUUGCUGCUGUGAGGAGGACGGCGGAUGCGGACAUCAUUCGCCUGAGGAAAUACGAGAUCCCCAUUAAGAGAGUCGCCAGGAACCUGUGCCUGGACCCGGCGCUCAUCGCUGCCAUCAUCUCGCAGGAGAGCCGUGCCGGCCUGCUGCUGGACAACGGCUGGGACCAGGGCCGGCAGAGGUUCGGCCUGAUGCAGAUCGACAGGCGCUACCACCAGCCUUACGGGACGUGGGACAGCGAGGAGCACAUCAACCAGUGUUCGACCAUGCUGGUGCUUGGGAUCAAUGAAAUGCGGGCGAGGCACCCUACCUGGACCUGGGACCAGCAGCUGAGAGGGGGAAUCUGUGCCUACCGUGCAAGAAUCAGCAACAUCCAGGUCUACGACGAAGACCCCUGCGGCAGAGACAACUCCUACGUCAACAGCGUGAUCGGGCGGGCCCAGUACUUCAAGAGGCAUGGGUUCUAGAUCAGCAACCGACCCCACCACAGACCCUCUCCUCCACAUAGUCUAGCCCAGUAGUGAUGGUAGUACCCAGAGCGGUUCCUCCAGGGCUCCUGGCAGGAGCAGUGCUGGUGGCACCGGCACGUUGCUUGCUCCAGCACACCCCAGUUGCCCAUGGGCAAGCUCAGUGCUGCCUUCCAGGGGACUGACAGGGGCAACACGCCACGAGCUCAGGGCCUUUAGAAGGCAGCUGAGGACAUCCCCACUGGGUGAGGAAGCUCCUUGCAUUAGGGGCUGAACCUGGGGCUGUUUGUGCAUCCCUCCAGCAAGCAGCUCUCCCUCAGCAUGGGCUGUGCUGUUGCCGUCUCCUCUCUACGUCCACCUCCUUCCUUCUCCCCAGCCAACGGGAGGGAGAAGCCCCCAAGCUAAGAUCUUCCUCCCCCUUGAUGUUGCUGGCUGCUUGGCAAUGAAGAGGCUCCUCUCUGAGUCUUCCAUCUCUGCACACUUCUGUUAGCUGCUUAUUCCUGGGGCCAGCCUUGUGGGGUAAACCACCAAGCAUUCUCCUGGUGCUCCCGUGAGCCCAGGAGCCCCUUAAGGGCUGGUGACCCCUAGAGGGAGAAAAACAGCCUUGCACAGGGGAAAUCCUCUAAAUGGGAAACACUACAAGUGCUGUAGUGGGCACACAAAUCACCUUUCUGUUACAGAGCCACACUCUGAGCAGGAGCUGGCCCCGGGUAUCCCUGCCCCAGGAGCUGCAUUACAGCGAUAGUGCUGGUAUGAAACUCACCGCCUUUCCUCCUUUCCUUUGGCGUGUUUGUGCUGGGGCCCGCUGAGUUUCAAAGCGUGCAUUUCAGCUUCUGUCCCUCUGCCAGGUACCCUGCCUUUUAAUUAGGAGUGAAUUAGCUCUGGGUGUAUAAAUUCUGUUUGAAAGUAUUCUUCAAUGCGGAUGGGUCUGGGUGCAAAUUUUGGUUUAAAGAGAAUCCAAAUAAAGAGAAACGAUGUAUUCCAA